CCAGUCUGCCAAAAGCUCUCGAGGGCAGUACGCCGGUUAUUACUUAGCCAUACGCAAUACAAGUAUCGUCUUUUAAAACAUUAUACUCCCUUUACUUUCUAUACGACAAUUGUACUUUAGUUCCCUGCUGAUACCUUCUCUCUUAUUUCUGACACAUUGCACAUCCUUGUCACAGACUCUACGAGUUAACGUAUUUACUGUCAUCUUGACGGUAUUUUAAUACCUGCGCCGAAGAUGAGGAUCACUGAGUGCUCGGUGUCACCGGAGUAGAAACCGUGGGAGCGCGUGAAACAUCGCUUUCAAGAGAAAAAGACUUGAUAAAGAAGAGGAGGAAGAAGACGAAGGAGAAGAAGAAUAUAAGGGAUACCGAGAGGAAGUGACGGUUUAUGAGGAGGACGUAGAACCGAGUGGACGUGUCAGUCCUGAUCUUCUUGAAGUCAGAAGGGGAAAAGAAGUUACCCGACAGGUUUUAAAGGGGGUCGUGCUCUUGUAGCUGCCCGCUGGACAUUUAACGUCUCGGUUCAUCGUAAAUCUUUUAGGUUCGCCUACGCGAGACAAGGCGGCCUGCUGUUAUUGAGAGAAAAAUUCGACAAAGUUUCAUGAACCCAGACAAAAGCUUGUUUAGAUUUUCACGUAGAUCCUAGAAAAUUAAAUCAUUCAGAAGUCUGACGAGUAACAGUCAAACGAUCUUUUAUUCAAUCAAUAUUGGAAAUCUUCGAAUCACGUAGUGGCGGGAUAUCUUCUAGACAGUCAUUAACAUCUCUUGGACAUAUACGGAGCUGGAUCAAAAAUAUAAAUUAUUUACAUUAAAUACUAACUGGAACAUCGCUCACCUUGGCAUUAAAGUCUCUCGUAUGGAUUCCCGCUUAUGCAGCAGUACGAGUCUAUUCGACAAGUAUCUCGUUGAAGGGAGGCAGAGAGGAGAAAAAAGUACUACGAGUUUAUUGAAACAUAAGAAACAAAUAAUAUUAACCUGACGGCAAGACGCAAUCAAAGAGGAAGUUACACGUGACAAAAACGAGUUCAAGAAUGACCACUGCUCAAUGAUAGAUUUCGACAUCGUCAUUCAAGGAAUUAGGAAAUUCUCAAGGAACAAGGGAAGAGAGUAAUCUUAUGCAGACAUGACUUCUAUGCUGCCUGAAGAAGAUGGCAAUGCUGCCCGCGUUAAACAAAAGUCUCAAGAUCAAAAGAUACUUAACGAUACUGCAACUAGGGACGAGUCGCGCUCGUUUUUAAGCUUCUCACGUGAAAACUUGAGCAUAUCCCAUUCGGAUAUUGAGCAAGGUUUUAAUAAACCGCGAUUCCGACCUCGACGACAUACGAUAUUGGGGGUCACGGCGAUUCUUAUUGCUCUCGUGUGUCUUGGUCUUGAGAUCUGGAAGGUGCGACGUGUACUGGAAAGUGCACGGGACGUGGAGAUUCUGAAACGGGACGUUGAAAGUCUGAAGCAUCGACUCCUGGAGGAAGAUCUUCUCAACGAGUUGAAGGCGUUUGAAGAAGAGAUAAACGCCGAGGAAGGUAACGAAGAGGAUGAUGAUUCCGGGGAAGCUGAUAUAGACAAUGCUGAUUAUGAUUCAAGUUACGACGAUGAAUUUCCUGGCUCACAUGAUUAUUCUAGUGACUAUCAUGCCUCGGGAUACAGUACACGUUCGUCAGAGUUUUCUCAGGCUACCAAAGCGGAUAAGGAUACGGCUGGAUCCGACAAGGAUUUGAAAGAGAUGCUGGAGGCUCUUCAUAAAGUCGAAGCGAAGAGGGGACCUGAAUUUGAAAAGAAUGUUCGUGAGAAUAAUAAGAAUAUCGAGCGGGAACGUUUAUUGGAAGAAGAAAGGGAGCACAAAAGAAGAAAUAAUGAGAAGCCCGACGAUAGUCAUACAAAGCAUAAGCGUUCUAUACCAUCGGAACCGCCUGUUGGAUUUUCUAAUAGUGGGGUACCUAUAUAUUCUUCUGGAUAUUUUUCGAGUAUUCGAAAUUCUUCUCGUGACACGGUUGCUCCAAGACUUAUGCUCUAUGAUACAUUGAUGCAUCAUACGACGGAGAAGAGUAGGAAUCGAGCUUUGAUUCACCAUGAAAUGCUUACUGCCUCUAAUAGACAUCCUCCUAAGAAGUACUAUGCUCAAAGAAGACGAGCGACGGCACACGUAUCCCCUCCAUCGAGACGUGGUAGUAGUAGUCAAAAUGAAAAUGAAAGAAUGACAGAUAUCAGUGAUGGCUCUGAUAGAGGGGUUGAUAAUGGUAGAACAUCAAGACGGAGGGAUGAGGCACCACAGUCCCUUAUGGUUCAGGAACAAAAAGCUUCGAGGGCAUUCACCCCAACAGCUGUUAAACCUGCACGACAUGGAUUGACUAGACGUCAUCUUCGAGCACCCAGACCUGUGUAUGCUGCUCACUAUGGUGCGGAUAGUACCCUUUUUUCUAGUGAGGAUGAACAUACCGGAAACGGAAGGGUUCGACAUGGCAGCGGUGUUUUUAAAGCAUGGCAAUCUAGUAAUUGGGUAAAUGAUCUUGGGAUGACAAAACACUUUUCGCUUGGUUCUGAUGGAUAUCUUACUGUUCACGAAGCUGGACUUUAUUUGGUCUAUGGUCAAAUUCAUUAUCUUGACGAACAUGAUGAAAAUGGUUUUCAUAUGCUAGUAAAUGGAGUACCAGUUUUACAAUGUAUGGUAUAUAGUCCAGGUGUUGGACACAAAAGUCGAUCAUGUUUCUCGGCACAAGUGACAUAUUUACAAGCUAAUGAUCGUUUAGUUAUAAAGGAGGUUGGACCAGCACGAUAUACACUUUUUCAACGUGAUAAAAGCUUCUUUGGUCUUGUAAAGCUUGGCGAAAUGAGACCACAGCAGAAACAGCAGCAACAACAAUAAAUAGGGAUUAGGAUCACUCGCGUGGACCGUGUUGUGUUUAUCGAUUCUAUGAGAAAACCUAAAGGAGACGAUGGAGAAUUAACGGGUGAUUAAUCAACAGCUUCGAGCAGUGAAUGACAAUAAUCCGAGAGCUGAAUUUUCUGAGACGAUCCAUCCAAAUCCUCACAAUUAUUUAACAUCGGCUUAACAUCGAAAUAACGUUAUUUAUACGUAAUUCAUAUAUUAACGAGCUUUUAGGCGCCAUUUUCCUAUUUGUUGCUAAACUGUCAAUAAUCGUAUGCUGACGUACGUAUUCAGAUCCUUUAUUUAACUUCAAAUAUCUUCUAAGGCAAUAGUAAAUAAUAUUAAUAGUACUAAAUAAUUAUUCAAGCUAACUAUAACUUAACGUACUCAGAUCUGAAUACGAACUUGAGUUUCUUUUAGCGAUCUCAGAUGUAACGAAACGAAUGUAAAUAACAUUUUGUAUUUUAUUAUUGUAAUAAAUUGUCUCUAAGAUCAAAGUAAA